UUUUGGUCUUUGGUUUCAUUGUAUCAGUGGCGGAUGCUGGUCUGUCAAGGACGGGAAGCUCAAUUUCGGCUUACAUCAUAAAAUGUGUCAGUGAUGUGUCAAAAAAUGUGUCAAAAUGAAAAGGAUGCCUUCACCAUAAGAUCGGUGAUUGGUUCAUUUCACUGUCAAUCAAAAAGAGAUUUAGCCUCACACAGAUCAUCCAAUCAGACAGCUCAUCCAAUGCAGAAAAGCUGAGAGUCGGGGCCAGCUGAUACACUAAGCGGCCAAUGAACGUGACCAAACCAGCAUUUAUCCAAUGACUCGUCUCGUUUCAAUGCAUUGGGACAACCGACACUGAACUCUCUAGAUGCCCAGCGUCCGCGCGUCAUCAGCGAAGAUUUGCGUCCUGAGCGGCAGGAUGCAGAGCCCUCUGAUAUUAAAAUGGAAGAAGAGAAGAAAGAGGUCUCCCACUUUAAAGAGGAAGAGGAGCAGGAGGCUCAUUACAUUAAAACAGAGGAGGAGCCACUUCACCCUUCCAUGAAAGUGGAGGUGGAUGAUCCCCCCUACAUCAAAGAAGAGGAGGAGGAGAUUUUCUGGAAGUUGCCAUUGACUGGUGUCACCCUGAAGAGGAGAAAUGAGGCAGAUACAGAGGUGCAGUAUCCAAGCAGCAGCUCAUGUCAACAGAUGACAACACAAGGUGUUGCAAACCAAGGGGGAGGAUCAAAAAUAGAUGGCCUAUUAGCUCCACUAUCAGAUCGUGAGAUAUUGUCAAACGCUGAUGAUGAUGAUGAGAAUGAAGAUCAAGUGUCUGAUGGUGAUCUGACAUGUCACACUGACAAGAAACCCUGGAAAUGUUCUUGGUGUGGCAAAACGUUUACUUAUAAGAGUCAUUUGAAAUUACACACAAUAACUCACACAGGAGAUAAACCUUUUUCGUGCUUAGUUUGUGCUCGAAGAUUCUCUCGGAAGGAAAGUUUAAAAAAACACACAAGAACACACACUGGUGAGAAAUCUUUUGCCUGUUCAGAUUGUGGCGAAAGAUUCUCUCAAAAGGGAGCGUUCAAAAAGCACGCAAGAACUCACACUGAUGGGAAACCGUUUGCCUGCUCAGAUUGUGGCCGAAGAUUCGCUUACAAGGGACACUUUGUAAAUCACACAAGAACCCACACUGGUGAGAAACCUUUUGCCUGCUUAGUUUGUGGACAAAGAUUCUCUCAGAAGGGAACCUUAAAAGUACACUCAAGAACCCACACUGGUGAGAAACCUUUUACGUGCUCAGUUUGUGGCCAAAGAUUCUCUCGGAAGCAAAGCUUAAAAAUACACACAAGAACCCACACUGGCGAGAAACCUUUUGCUUGCUCAGAUUGUGGCAAAAGAUUCUUUCGGAAGGGAGACUUUAAAAAGCACGUAAGAACCCACACUGGUGAGAAGCCUUUCACCUGCUCAGAUUGUGGCCAAAGAUUCUCUCAGAAAGGAGUCUUAAAAAGGCAUUUAAGAACUCACACUGGUGAGAAACCUUUUGUCUGCUUACUUUGUGGCCAAAGAUUCUCUCGCAAGGGAGACUUAAAAAAGCACAUAAGUACCCACACUGGUGAAAAACCUUUUGUCUGUUCAGACUGUGGCCAGAAAUUCUCUCGUAAGGGAACCUUAACAAGACACAAAAGAACGCACACUGGUGAGAAACCUUUUUCCUGCUCAGUUUGUGGCCAAAGAUUCUCUCAGAAAGGAGUCUUAAAAACGCAUGUAAGAACCCACACUGGUGAGAAACCUUUUUCGUGCUCAGUGUGUGGACAAAAAUUCUCUCAGAGGGGAACCUUAAAAAUGCACACAUGGACACACACUGGUGAGAAACAUUUUUCCUGCUCAGUUUGUGGCCGAAGAUUCUCGUGGAAGUAUCAGAUUAAGAAUCACAUGUGUGUUGAUGAGAUGAACAGUUUACACAUCUCAUCUGAGCAGGCUUCAUGAUUUCAUGCCCCAACGCUGAUUGUAUUUUAUGUAACUUCUUAAUGGGAUGCUGAAGUUUUCUUUUUCUUAACUGCAGUGAAAAGUUUUGUAGUCAUGAAUUUUAAAAAAUCUAGCAUUGUUAUCACCAUUAUCAUAGUUUUGGAUUCUUCUUUACAGUUAGUUUUUAUUUGGUUUUGAGUUGUGGUUUUUAAAUGUAGUUUGUUUUAAUUAGUUCUCAGAGGAGGUUUCGUCGUUUGUAUUCGUUUUUUGCUUUGUAUUGUUUUGUUUUGGGUUUUUCUUCCCAAAAUUGAACUGUCCAAAACUGUAGAGAACCCCACAUAUCGAGAAAUGUGUUUAACUGUUUCUUAUUGGAAGCGAUCCUGAAUUAAAUUGACAUUUUCCACUUUUUCAUGAAAUGUAUGAUGUACCCAUAUGUAUUCGUGUUUAAUAUUGUGUGGUGCUUGCUGGCCAAUAAAGUUCCCUUUGCUCAAAAA